CUCAAAUCCAAGUCAUUUGUCCCUCACUGUCACGAAAUGCUUCUCCUCCUGAUCUUUGGGAUUGUGCUUCUUCAGAAAGCCUCCACUUUAAAGUGUCAUAAGUGUUUACCUGAUGGGUUGGGAUCCUGCAAAGACGCAGCAGUGGAAUGUCCAUCCGAGGGUUUUCAGUGUGCCGCGCUGAGAGUCUUCGUAUUUAAAGGUGGUUCGAAAGUCAGCGACAUCAACAUGACAAUGUGUGCUUUGGCCGAGCAAUGUGUUGAGAGCUCGCUCAACUUUGGAAUCACCAGGACGGUCAUUACAAGCAAGUGUUGCACCUCCGAACUCUGCAACUCUCAACCUGCCCCAGACCCCCAAAAAUCUACUCCCAAUGGUAUAAAGUGCUUCCACUGUGACGGACAGACGUGCAGUGGAACUCUAAACUGCGAGGGGAAUGAGGAUUACUGCAUGACAACAACAGUGGCCCUCGGGGGUGAAAAGAUGACCAUGAAGGGCUGUGCCUCCCCACUGAUCUGCUCAAGUUCACAAACUGCACAUUUGUCAGGAGCCAUUGGAGCAGAGCUGAGCUGCUGUCAGGGGAACUACUGCAACAGUGCCAUCAGCACACGGGCUGGCCUCCUGCUCCUGGUGGCACCAUUGAUGGCUUGGGUCAUGUUCUCUUAGUUUACAACAGCAUCACUGUUCAACUGUUCUUCUUCAUAGGGCUUCAACCCCGUUCCUUUACUUUGAACUGAUGAUUGAAAAAGUAUCAAUUUAGCAAGAAAAUAUCAUUAGGUUAAGUUCUGAAUGUGAGUUAUGGUUCAUAGUGUCAUUGUUAACCUGAAUAUGUUUACAUAUCAGAGAUAUCAAUGUAUAUGUUCUUAAUAAAAAGAAAAAUAAACACUUUUCUGCCAGAGUA